AUGACAAUUGCCUUGGAUAUGGUUAAUAAGAUUAAUCCUGAGAAGGAAGCAUGGAACCUCAAAGUUAGGGUGAUUAGGCUUUGGACUGUUCCUACUUUCACUGGUCAGCUUGUCCCAAACUCCAUGGAAAUGAUUUUGGUUGAUGAAUCUGGGUGCAAGAUACAAGCUACUGUUCAGAAGACUAUGAUUUACAAGUUCAAACAAAUUCUCUCCGAGGGUCGAGUAUAUGUAAUGAAGCUCUUCUCUGUUGUGCCAAACCAAGGAUCUUAUAGGGCCACUAGGCAUCAGUUUAAGUUGAUUUUCCAGUUCAGGACCACUGUUAGGGAUGAUAUCUGCGAUUUUAUUCCAAAAUCUGCUCUUACAAUCUCUCCAUUCACUGAACUUUUCGAAAUCAAAGAGGAUUCCGAUUUUUUAGUUGAUGUGGUGGGUCUGUUGGUCUCUGUGUCGGAAGAGAAAGAAUAUGAUAAAGAUGGAAAGAAGAUGAAGAUGGCUGUGAUAGAACUUGCUGAAAAUGAUCACAAGAUUCGGUGUGCCUUAUUUGGUGAAUAUGUUGACGAAAUUAAUCGAUUUCUGUCUUUUGGGUAUGCUGAACAGCCAGUUGUGGUUUUACAGCUUGCCAAAGUUAAGGUUUUUAGAGGUAGAGUUGGACUUCAGAAUGUUAUGUUUGCAUCGAAUCUUGGAUUUAAUCUUGACAUCCCAGAGGUGGCAGCUUUUCGGAAAAGUUCUAUUCCUCAUGGAGCUGGAACCUUUGUUGUACUAGCGAAGAUAGCUGAAAUAGUUGAGGAUAGUCCUUGGUGGUACUUUGCUUGCGUGUGUGGCAGAGGUGUUCAGGCAGAAUCUGGGAUUUAUUUUUGUCAAUUUUGCAACAUCCAUGUUACAAAUGUGACUCCUAGGUUUAGAGUGAAGGUGUUAGUUGAGGAUUCCACUGGUGUUUCUAUUUUUGUCCUCUUUGAUCGUGAGGUUGUGUUUGGCACACAGUCUCCUCCUAUAUUCCAAGAGAUUGUUGGAAAAACUAUGCUGUUCAAGGCUGGGUUUGAACCAAAAGGAGAGGGAUCAUUUGGGGAACCCUCUAAGGUUACCAAAUCAUCGAAUUUGGGAUUGACUCUUUCCAGCUGCUCCGAGCUCUUUGCUGGUUCGCCUCAAUGUACCCAACCAAAAUCAAGUGUUGUUGACUUGGGAGCUGAUGAAGAUGCUAAGUGUCCUCUCCUCAAGAGAAAGUCUGCUGAUGCUGUGGUGGAUAAGUUUAAUGAAGUGGAUAGUUCUGAAAAUUCAUGUGAUGAAGUUGAUGAAAGUGAAGAGUAUGUGGAUGACGUUAAUCGAGGCUGUGUUGAUGCUAAGAUAGAUGUGAAACCUUUGUUGAAGAGGUUGAGAAGAUCCUUGAGGCUGCAAUUUGAUGAAGCUGAUGAGUCUCGUGGCUCGGGGAAUGAUGGCUCCUCUGGACAUGGGGUUAAUUGA